CAGUUGUUAUCGUGACGAAAUUAUCAAUUUUCUGAAGAAAAAAAAAAUUGCAAGAAAAGAAUUUUAAUCUAGUAGUUCAUAUUUUUAAUUAAAUGUGGCAUUGAAAUGGCGUUAUUUCUGACCGAAACUCAUAAACAGCAUUUGAACUUUCUCUGCCAGCAUCAACCGGACACUUUGAAGAGAUUCGGCGACGCAGCCAUCGAAUAUAUAAGUAAAGGUCCAGAUGGCAAAGAUUACACUAAAGUUGCCAAAUCCUUCGACGUACCGGUUGAAAAAAUUAAAAACUCGCUCGAAAGUUUAGCAUAUAUAAUCAUCGAAUGCAGCAAGCUCGACAUACAAACAGACGAAUUCGUGAAAAUUUUCCAAGCUGCUGGAUUCACCGAUGACCAGUGCAGCUCGCUUAUUGAACCGUAUCUCGAGAAUAAGAAAAUCAUCGCUGAUAUCUUUCAAAAAACCGACGCUCUUUCGUAUUUUUACGAUCUGCAGUGGCGUUUUGAAUCCAAAAUCAGUUCGAGAGCUCUUUUAAAUCAAGUCACACCUUUGGUAACCAUGAAUCUCAAAUUGAGCGAUUCCUCCUCGGCCGUUACCUCUGAAAAAACCACUAGUCAUUUACUGCAAACUGAUCCCAGUACUUUGGUUCAUUUAACCGAAACGUUGGAGAAAGCUUUACAAGAAUCUCGACCUCAUAAUAUACGUAAAAUUCAACGUAAAAUCAAAAAAAUCGCCAUACAAGAUUCGUAAAGUGAUAUGUGAUAUUUUUUUCAUACAGUAUGUUUAUUUAGAUAUCGUAUCAUCGUCAUUCCGUUUACAUAACAGAACAAUCUUUUGGAAAUGUGAUUCAAGAUGUAUUUUUUAUUUAUCUGUGAUCCAUAUUGUGUACAUAGCCCUAUUUUUAUUAUUCGUUAUAGAUGAUGUAGAUUGCAGAUAGGUGAUGUAGGUUUUUUUUGUUGAAAAUAUUCUAUAAAAUUAAUUAAUAUAUUAUUGCGAAUUUUUAGUCA